CUUCCGGGCGCCGCCUCAUUUCCGGCUGCUCUGGCGCGGCGGGCCAUCCCCGGCCCGGAUGGUCCAGACGCGGCGCCCGGCGGGGAGCGGCGGACGUCCGCAGGGCAGCAGGGGAGCGGCGGGCGGCGGGCAUGGCCGCUGCCUGGAGGCGCGCGCUGCUGGUCCUGCUGGCCUCGCACGUGGUGUCCGCGGCGAGCUCCUCGGACGAGGACGAAGUUCCCGAAGAGUGGCUCCUCCUGCACGUUGUGCAGGGCCAGAUAGGAGCCGGGAAUUACAGCUACUUGAGGUUGAAUCACGAGGGGAAGAUUGUUCUUAGGAUGCAGAGCUUGAAGGGAGACGCAGACCUGUACGUGUCGGACAGCACCCUGCACCCGAGCUUCGACGACUACGAGCUCCAGUCCGUCACGUGCGGCCAGGACGUGGUGUCCAUCCCCGCGCACUUCCAGCGCCCCGUGGGCAUCGGCAUCUACGGGCACCCGUCCCACCAUGAGAGCGAGUUCGAGAUGAAAGUGUACUUCGACCGCAGGAUUGAGCAGUCCCCGUUUGCCGAGGUCGCGGUCUUCGAUGGCAGGGACCCGGCGCACAGGCACGCCCACGCCCCGGAGGACGCGCCCCAGGAGGAGGAGUCCGUGCUCUGGACCAUACUCAUUAGUAUUCUGAAACUGGUCCUCGAAAUCCUGUUCUGAUUCACUGAACAUGCUCUGGAAUCUGGGAAGUUGAUUGCAGUUCUCUCUGAAUCCAGCUACCCUGGUCUGGUGGAAAUUCUGGUUACUUCUAAUUGGGGGGUGGAAAAAUAAAGCCAUACAGUUUUGUUACCUCAUAUACCCCAAAAGUAGGGAAAGCAGCAAGAACGAUGUUUUUUUCCUCCAAAUGUCAAAAUUCCUGUAAAAGGAAUACGCACAAUAAAAUGUUUAAACUCCAGUUUGAUUAGUUUGUCAGGUGACUAAAAAUAUUGCAGUAACCCAGGUAUAUAUAAAAUAAAUUGAAACAGAGCAUCAGAUUAAAAGGUUGGUAGCUAGAACUGUAUUCUGGUUAGAUUCCCAAUGCAGUUACAACGUGUAGACUUUGAAGAGUUACUAAAAGCAAGUCUGAAAUGUAAUGAUUUCUGGGGAUUUGCGUGAGUAUGGGGCAAAAGCCCCGUGCCUGUUCCCCAGGUCAAGUGGGCACCCGUCUCCAGACAGAUUUCCUGGCAGACCCAGGUUCUGAAUCUCAUCAGGUCAUUUGUUAUUUAUCACCUUGGGCUACCUAUUUAAAAUUCUUCUAUCAUUAAAAUAACUUAUGCUACCCACAAUAGGCCAGAAACUAUAGGAAAAUUUCAUGCAAAUACUAGUCACUUUCAGGUCAAUGGAGAAAUAGUUGAGUAUUUCAAUUAAACUGCCUAAUAUUUCCAACUGAAUUUCUGGAUAAAGCCAAAGUACUAAGAGAUUAAAAGAAACUUUUGGAAAAUGAACUGUUAUUUCUCUACUUGUAAUUGGUUCAAGGGUAAAAGUGGCUUAUAACAAAUAAAUCAACUUGCAGAUUUUAA